AGGGAAAGCUCCAGGCUUAAAUCUUACUUCCCAUCCUCCUGCUGCCAUCCCACUCCCUUCUGGCUUGUGGCCAGGGGCGGUUGCUGCUGUACUCUGUAGAGAACCGCCCCUCUGAACAACUAAGAAGAAAUAGUUAAGUAUUAUACCUCCUUGCACUGUACAUGGGCUGCUCCCUCCUCCCCCCCUUCUUUUUUUAAUUCACAAGGUGAGUCAGAGUGGAGACAAGCUCCUUUCUUCCUGUUGAGAAUGAUUCAGGCAGGAGAGGCAAUAAAAAUUCCCUGAAAGAAGACAAGGAGGCACAGUGGAAUAGGCUGCAGCUGAAAAGCCACCAGAGACUACCUCUCCAUUCAAGACCUCCGCUGGGAAGAACGUUGGAUUUGAGUCACCUCUGGAGACAAAGCUAGUCCUGGGUUGCCCGAAAUGUCUCUACCUUGGCUGAUAACUCUGAGUUGCCUUGCAGCUUCACUUUUCCCUGCAACUCUUGGCACCCAAAGAAGAGAAGCCUGCAACUGCAAUGGGAAGUCCAGAUACUGCAUCUUCGACCCUGAAUUGCUCAGGCAACAGGGAAAUGGGUAUCGGUGCCUCAACUGUAUUGACAACACGGAUGGAAUAAAUUGUGAACGAUGCAAAGAGGGCUUCUAUCGCCGGUCUCAACAAGAUCAUUGCAUGUCCUGCAACUGCAACCUCAGAGGUUCUGUCAGUGCACAGUGUGAUAACCAUGGCCGGUGUCACUGCAAACCUGGUGUGACAGGUGAUAAAUGUGACCGAUGCCAGCAUAAUUUCCAUUCCUUCUCUGAGGCUGGAUGCAUAGAUGUUGGGCAAAUACAGAACAUUCAGUGUAAUUGUGAUCCAUCUGGAAGCACAGGGCAGUGCAUUUCUGGACGCUGUGUCUGCAAGACUGCAGUUGCAGGAGAGCGAUGUGACAGAUGCAAGGAGGGCUAUUAUAACUUAAAUGCAAGGAAUCCAGAGGGCUGUUCUCCAUGCUUUUGUUAUGGACAUUCAACUACAUGCUCCAGUGGGGAAAAUUAUAGUGUCUAUAAAAUUACAUCUACAUUUCAACAAGGUAAUGAAGGUUGGCAAGGUCAAGAAAAUGGAUCCCCAUUACAGCUCCAAUGGUCUCCACAGCACAACGAAAUUUCUGUGACCUCUAGAAGGCUGGGUUCCAGCUAUUUUGUAGCUCCAGCCAGAUUCCUUGGGAACCAGCAGCUAAGUUAUGGACAGAUGCUGUCUUUUGAUUAUCGAGUGAACCGACCUGGAUUUCGCCCUUCACAGCAUGAUGUCAUCCUGGAAGGAGCUGGCUUAAGAGCCAUGACCCAGUUCCCAUCUAAUGGCAGGAUGCUGCCUUGUGGAAUCAGGAAGACGUACACAUUCAGGUUAGAUGAACACCCAAGUAGUAACUGGAGCCCUAGGCUUAGUAAUAUUGAGUAUCAUCAGUUAAUUGGGAAUUUGUCAUCAAUUCGGAUCAGAGCCACUCAUGGAGCUGUCCCAGGGUACCUCAGUAAUGUCAUUUUGGUUUCGGCGCUGCCAAGCACUGGCUCUCCGGCCCCCUGGGUGGAGCAAUGCGUAUGUCCAACUGGAUACCAGGGGCAAUUCUGUGAGAAGUGUGCUCCAGGGUACAAAAGAGAGAAUUCACGUAACUUUGGGGCCUUCAGGCAAUGUGUUCUGUGCCAGUGCAAGGGAGGAGGAACUUGUGAUACAGAAACAGGAGAGUGUUAUGCUGGAGAUGAAACUUUGGACCAUAUAAGUACUGCUUGCCCAAAUGGGUUUUACAGCCUUCCUUGGGACUCAAAGAACUGCCAACCAUGCCCAUGCCAAAGUGGCUAUGGUUGCUCAAUCCUGCCGGGCACACAGGAAAUUGUUUGUAACAGAUGUCCUCCAGGAACCAGUGGUUCUCGCUGUGAGUUUUGUACCAAUGGUUAUUUUGGAGACCCCUUGGGUGAGAGUGGACCUGUACGACCCUGCCAACCAUGUCAGUGUAACGCUGUUGACCCAAAUGUUUCAGGGACUUGUGACCACUUGACAGGGGAAUGCAAGUGCAAGGAUGGAUUCUUUGCACAACCUUUAUCUGCAAACCCAGCAGAGAAAUGCCAAGCUUGUAAUUGCAAUUCAGUAGGUUCUGAGCCCCUACAGUGUCGUAGUGAUGGCAGCUGCAUUUGUAAGCCAGGAUUUGAAGGGCCUAGCUGUGAACACACUCGUUGUCCAAUCUGCUACCAGGAAGUGAAGACUCAGGUAGAUCAAUACCUCCAGCAGCUGCAGGGACUUGAGAUUCUUGCCUCUCGAGUUCAGACAAGUGGACAGCCAGCAGACUACAUUGAGCUGGAAAGGAAAAUGAGGGAGGCAGAGGAGCUGUUCCAGAGGAUUUUGAGAGACGCAGAAAUUUUACAAGCUACUGGCAGGGCUUUGGGGAACCGAUUUUCUAAGAUGAAGUCACAAGAGUUCACUUAUCAGAGUCAUCUGGAUGAGAUCAAUGAAAUAGCCAGCAGUGUGAACUCUCUGCGCAGUCAGUACCAGAGUCAGGUACAAGAUGUCCGGAGGCUGAUUGAGAAAGCCUAUUUGGAUUUGGAUCAGAGUAAAGCAAAGAUAGAAGGCGUGAUUGUUCCAUCUUCAGAUGCCACUGGAAGUAGUUCGAACAGGUUCUUAAUCCUAGCCAACGAAGCCAUGAAGUUAGCAAACAGUCACCUGCAGAUGGCAGAUACCAUUGAGGAAGCAGCCAGGGCAGCAGAAGAUGCCUCCCAAGAAGCACUGGCAUUGCUGCAGGCCUUUGCAAGUGGAGAAAGUAUUGGGACAACAUCUGUGCAAGGGCUCCAGAAAAAAUAUGAUGACCUGAAGCUGCUGACGAAGGAAAUGGAGGCUGAUGCUAGCCAAGCUGCCUCUAACGCUGAAAGGGUCUAUCAGGAUAGUCAGCAGCAGCUUGGCUCCCUGACUCAUUUAACAAAGACUGACACAAAAGUUUUUCAGGAGGAGGCUGGACAGCUCCAGCAGAAAAUGGACUCUUUAUCAGGCUUCAUAGAGACUUACAUGGCAGAGUAUAAGCAGCUGAAAAGCAACCUAGGGAAGUGGGAGGAAGAGAUCAAAGUGUUAUUGGAAAAAGGCCAAAAUGACAGACAGUCAUCAGUUCAAUUGUUGUCUCGUGUCAACCUUGCCAAGCAAAAAGCCCAGCAGGCAGUGACUGCUGGUGAUUCUGCUUUCAAUGAUGUUGAGAAUAUCUUGAAGAAGCUGAGGGAUUUUAAUUUUCAAGCAGGUGACAAGCAAAAAGAAGCCUUGGAUGCUAUGCAAAGAUUACCAUUCAUCAUCAAUAAAGUUGCAAGCGCCCGUGAAAAACUGAGGCGUGUAGAAGCAACCCUGGGCAAGGCUGUUAAUGAAGCAGAGUCAGCCAGGAGAAUGUCUGGUGAAGCAAGGGAGAUUGCUGAGAACAUUGAUCAGGAGAUAGGAAGGCUGGCCUUGGAAGCAAAUCGGACAGCAGAUGGUGUGCUUAUCUUGGAGAGUGGGAUCAUGUCUCUGAAGCAUGAGGUCAAACUUGUGGGGGAAGAAUUGCAAGAAAAGGGAAAGGCGAUUGAUAUGGAUGCCUCCAUGGCUCAAGGGAUAACUGAGGCAUCCCAGAGAGCCAGAGCCAAUGCUGUUAGUACUGCGAAUGCUGUCCAAGACAUACUCAGAUUCCUAGAAGAUGUUUCACGCAUGAUAGGACAACUAGAGGAUGUGGAUGAUCAAAGUGUGAACAAGCUUGAAACUAAUCUUGGCAACGCCAGAACAAGAAACAACCAGUUGAAAAAAAUGAUGCUGCAACUGGAGGAAACAGCCAGCUGGCAGAAGCUUCGACUCCAGACACUGGAUAGUAGCAUUACUGAGAUCCUUGCAGAUAUCAAGAACUUGGAGAUGAUCCAAGAUACUCUUCCUCCAAAAUGUUACAAUGUACAGGCCAUUGAGAGACCUUGAAGACCUUGCUGCGAAACCAGACUUCCAUCAACCCCAUUUACCAAGCCAUGGACAAACAUCAGGGUUAGAGAAAUGAUUUUGGGGUGAAAUGAAGAGAUGCCAGCCUUACAAGAACGGCUGCUUGUGACUCCACCGAACAGGUCCCUUGGAAGGUCUGUUCAUCAGGCUACUCUGCCUUGUGAGGCAACCACUACCUUUCAGCAGCAGCACAAUUCGAAGGGAAUGUAAUUCAAGCCCCAACACUCUUGAAAAAACAAGGGAAAAAAAAAUCUGUUGAUAUGACAGAGAAGCCAGCCCAUAAAGAACAGUGUGGAAGAGGCUGGAUAAGUAGGAUAUGUAUUUUCCAACAUAUAAAAUCCUAUGUAUUUUUCUUGUUUCACCUGAAGGUGCUAUCCCAGAUGGUCAUCUACUAUUGACUCUCCACUUUAUUUAGCCCUCGAUCUUCUUUUCAACUGUGAUUCAGUAGAAGAAAAUAGAUAUUGCUGCACCCUGCUAAAUUUAUUCUGCUCUAUUAUCAAAAUUCUAGGCAAUGAAUAAUUUGUUCCAAUGCAAAGAUCCAAUGUGAGAUGGCUUCCAGGCCUGACAUAAUUAACUUUUCCAAUAACAUUCUAGAAAUCCUUUUUCUAUCCAAAAACAUUUUUCCCCCACUACCAUUUCUGUGCAGCAGUGAAAUGCACUUACCUUCGCUACCGGUUUAGGGAAUGUGAGCAUGUGCGCCUCUUCUGCGCAUGCGCAGAGGGUCAGAAAUGGGAUGUAAUGAUGUCCCAGUGGAUGGGCGGAGCCUCCCACCACCGGCACUACCGGUUAGCGCGAGCCGGAUAGAUCAGGCUGGAUUUUACCGCUGCUCUGGUGGCUGUUCAGAUAAUCAUAUAGGAGAUGGAACAUGUAUCUAUCCAUAGACCUAAACCAGUUUUACAAUAAUUACCUCAGGCCAGGGAUUCUGGUAACUCUCGUUCUGCGAUGGGAAGAUUUUAGUAGAAUGUUCAGUAAACUGAUGGAAAGACAAUCCCCAAGCAGGAAAGUGUGGGCCUUUAUACACAGGUUACAUAAGCUUGUAUAAAUAGGCCUGCCUUCGAUAGAUGUGUUUUCUUCAUUUUCCUUUAUUUACUUUCUCUCCACUUACUAAAUGACAAACUAGGACGGGAAGAAUUUAAUAAGGGCAGUGGUCCAAAAGGUGGAUUUUUUUGGAGGGUGGGUACCGAUGUCACCUCAGUCUUGGUGUGGCAUUCAGAUCACUUCUUUGUCAAUUUAGAUGAUUCAACCGUUGUCCCAAGAUUUAUUACACACUAUGGUUCUAUUCUUUCCUGCUGAGGUUCAGAAUCAGUUCCUGAAAUACAAAGUAGGGUCUGCUGAGUUAAAUUAAGAAAAAAGAUAGGUUGAAAUUGUGGCACAUGAAAAAUCUUAAUGGUUUGCUGAAUUAGGAUUAAUAUGAACUAAGCUUAUAUUUUUGCUUGUUCAUAUUAAUAAAGCCCUCUCUCCCACUAAAACAGCAGUUAGGGUGUAUCCCAGCAGGAAGUUCCUUCAAAAAUAUAGUGCUCCAUCUACUCUCUCAGGCAACCUUAGUUAGAACAAAUGAUUCAAUAAAACCCAACAGGAAGAAACCUUACAGACUUUCAUCUUUUUACUGGCAACCUCAUUCAGUUACUUUGGACAGUCUCUGGACAGUCCUUUGCAAACGAUUGUAUCUGGGUCCAUACUGCAAAGUAUGUGCUGUACUAUUCAGCUACACCAGGGGUGCCACGUUGCCGUGAUGUAUCGUAACUUCCCCCCCCCCUUUGCUAAACCGGGGGUGGGCAUGGCCAGAGUGUGACGCAUCCAGCCCAUGCCCCGUGAGUUUGACGCCCUUGAGCUACAUCAAUCAAAUCCAUCCCCUACCAUUAAUUUUUUGGGAUCAGUCACAGUCUCUCAGUCUAGUUGUACAGUACUCCAACAAAUUUGUUGUUACAGGAAAAAAUGAAAUUGAAAGACCAUAGUCCUGGAGUAAAAGCGGGAUAUCUCUUUGUUCAAUAAAAAUAUAAAUUAUGCCAUUAUACAAAGGUUUAAUUUGAGAGAUUUUGGGGAAAAACAAUACUUUUAUGAUGCGUUGCUUUCUAACAGGAUUCUGCUUCUACACAAAAUAGUGUGUUCAGCCUAGGAUAUUUGCACAGCUGAUAUUCUGUCUGGUUUGUAUUUAGUUUGUUUUAAUCUUUUUUUUAAAGAGAGAAGAAACCUUUUGUCAUACUGUAAACAGAAAAUAUGUCCCCAAAUUCCCUAACAUCAAAGCAACAUUAAAAGCCAACAAAAUUUAA